GCCAGUCCUCCGUCUCCGUUUGGUGUAGAGCAUCUCAUUCAGACACACUGGCCGUUGGUCCCAGCCCCUGGCGAGGAUGCUCCUCCAGAGACACCUGUGAAGAACAUCUGUAUUGUGGGAGCGGGAUAUGUUGGUGGUCCUACGGCGGCCGUUCUAGCUCUCCAUCAUCCUUCCCUCACGGUAGAAGUUCUCGACAAAGACCCGAACAGAAUUCAACGAUGGCAGUCCCCGCACCCACCGGUACACGAGCCUGGACUGGAUACGGUGGUUCGAAUCGUCCGAGAUGGAGCUGCCCUGGGAAAUGAGGCGGCAGCCUGUGAUCUCUCGACACACAGGCGCCAGCCUAACCUGUUCUUUACAUGCGAUACCAUCCCGGCAAUAGCACGAGCCGAUAUCAUCCUCAUGGCAGUCAACACACCCACCAAGACCUUUGGAGUUGGGGCGGGUUGUGCCACCAAUAUGAUGGCAUUCGAUGGGGCCAUGCGGGAGGUUGCUGCCCACGCCAAACCGGGCACAAUCAUCGUGGAGAAGAGUACUGUCCCUGGCGGUACUGCUGAGCGUGUCCAGAAAAUGUUGGCCGCGCGUCGCCCCGGAGUGCCGUUCGAGAUUCUUUCCAACCCGGAGUUCCUUGCCGAGGGCUCUGCUAUCCACAACCUGAUGACACCAGAUCGUGUACUCAUUGGAUCUGCCGCCACACCGUCGGGUCGCCAGGCGGCUCGCACGCUCGCCAACCUCUAUGCAGCCUGGGUGCCGCCCUCCAAGAUCCUCGCAACCAAUGCGUGGUCCUCGGAACUGGCCAAGCUGGUAGCCAACGCCAUGCUCGCCCAGCGGAUUAGCAGUAUCAACUCGAUCAGUGCGAUUUGCGAGAAGACCGGCGCAGAGGUAGACCAAAUCGCCCACGCCAUCGGGCUCGAUGGGCGCAUCGGCCCUCGGUUCCUGAAAGCGGGCUUGGGCUUUGGCGGCUCAUGCUUUCGGAAAGACAUUGCCAGCCUGGCCUACCUGGCUGAGUCCUUAGGGUUAGAUGACGUGGCACACUAUUGGCGACAGGUAAACGAGAUGAACGAGCAACAACGGAACCGCUUUUCCCGCAAAGUCAUCGACCGAUUCACCGGUAACUUGGUUGGACACAAACUCGUGAUGUUUGGAUUUGCCUUCAAGAAGAACACUGGGGAUACGCGGGAGUCGCUGGCCAUCGACGUGAUCCGUGAGCUUCUGGAAGAGCGGCCGGCCGAGAUCGCCAUCUUCGACCCAUAUUGCCGUCCUGAGGAUAUCUUCCGCGAGUUGGAGUCUGAACUACCCGGCGCAACGCGAAACGGGACGAUCAAGGUGCACCCGGAUCCAUACCUCACCUGCUUGGGAGCGCAUGCUAUUCUCAUUGUCACGGACUGCGACCAGUUCCGCAAUCACCCGGAGAAGAGCAAGUCGAAACAGUCGCCCGCUUCUCCGGAUAGCAGCAUGACAGCAACCCCCAUCGCCAACCAGUGGCAGAAGGAAACAGUCAGACACAAGGAGGAGGUCGAGUCAUGGACGCACAGCGGAGUGUCGUACCUACUGACUCCUCAACCAGCUUGCCCUGUUGACUGUGUGGAUUGUGGAAUCCUGCCCGGCCGUUCGACCACGAUGGAGGCCGUUGAAUGGACACGCAUUGCGUACAGCAUGCUGGAGCCCAAAUGGGUUUUCGACGGACGGGGCGUGCUGGACGCAGCGGAAUUGGAGAGAUUGGGGGUUCGAGUUGACACGGUUGGCCGACGAACCUCGCCGGAUCUGUUGGUAUGA